CGCUCAGCUACGUUCGACGACCACCAUCACCGCGCACGACCAUCAAUCACAACCUUGGAUACACAAAACUUAGCAAAAGCAUCUAUUUAGCAGUCUUCACGAUGCCUCCGAAACGGCGCGCUUCCGGCCCUGCGACCAAAGCGCAGCAGUCCACCCUCGCUUUCCAUGGAGUGUCUAAUAAGGUCACGAAGGCAGGCGCAAGAGCACAGAGCGCAAAGAAUAUCCUCGACGACUCGAACACGAAAGAUCCCAAGCCGGAGAUUGUCGAGAUCGAAGACAGUGAGCCCACCACGGCGGAAGCAGCCGUCGUCGCCCCGACAGAGCGAAAGAUCAAAGCGCAACGUGUGGAGAGCACACCAGAAGAAGUCAAAGCUAGGCGGAUAACGGAUGCAGCGAUCAGAAAGUACUGGGCUGCGAAAGAGAAGCAGAGAAUGGCGCCCAGGGUGCACCAACAGGGCUUAAGUCUGCAUGAGAAGGUCCUGCGGGAAUUCGACGUGAGCGCGCAUUACGGUCCCUGCACUGGCAUUACUCGACCAAAGCGUUGGAAGCGUGCACAUGGACUAGGUCUCGAACCACCGAUGGAAGUUCUUGCCGUGCUUCUGAAGGAGCAAGAGGGCAAGGAUGAUGCGACGGUUCAAAGAUCACGCGUGGAUGAAUUGUUGAAUUCGAAAACUGAUGUUGAGGUGUAAGAAGGAACAAUUCAGGCCGGGAAUGUAUCACGAUGAUACGUGGAUGGAGCAAGCGCGGUCGCGCUACGAAAGCAAUGAAGGACGUGGACGGAGUCAUGUUUUUGAUAAGUUUGAAUUUUGGUAUGUGAGCUGGAGUUGGGGGGUCGUGUUGGUGGCACGGCAGGGGACGACUGCAGCGAGCACAGUCAGAUGAGCUCCCUGUUAGGUCUUUAGAAAUGUCGUUGUCACUUUGCGGCAAAAUACACCAAGCAUUCAAAUCCUCACCCUGCUCCCAU